AUGGCCUCCUCAAAAGAAAUGCAGCAGUCUACGAGGCCAUUGACCCAGCACCGUCCUUCGCUCUCGUCUGCCUCAUCUUCUGGACUUACCACACGACAAUCCCACUCGCGUACAAACUCCCAUUCCAUUCUCAGCGGCGCUCUCAAUGCCAACCACCGCGUCACUCGCCGAAAGUCCAUGACAAACACCGCUGCAAACGCAGCGGCCAUGGCGGCUGCAAUUAAAGAAAUCGGGGGAGACAAGGUAAUGCCCAUUGCCUUGAGUUCUCGCCGUAACACGGCAUCAAAGAGCGCUGCCGCCCGCGCCGCAAUCGUUGGAAGCUUGCCUUCUCCUCCUCCGAGUUUGCCGACGCAGAAGUUCCACUUAGACGGGAAGAUGGACGUCCACGAGAACGCCAUCGAGGACGAACCUAACAAUGCAUCGGGUGAUGAGGGCGAAGAUACUCAAAAGGCCCGCAUCCGUCGCGCUAGUGACGGGCAGCCUCUCGUGAAAGAGGGCGGCAGGAAAUUCAAUCGCGUUGAGCUCAAAUGCGAGACGUGUGGAAAGGGAUACAAGCACAGUAGUUGCCUGACCAAGCAUUUGUGGGAGCACACUCCCGAGUGGUCUCUGACAUCCAAGCUGCUUAUUUCUAAGCACCAACAAGUCCAGCUCCUUGAAGCUGCUUCUGUCCUAUUAACAAUGAACCAUGGAAAGGACGAGGCUGACGCGGCCACGCCCCCGGAUUCUGCCAAGGACUUCCCCAGUGACCAAGAAUCUGCUUCCCCGGCAGCCUCUGGAUACUCGGACGAGAGACACAGCUCCGCCGAUACCACUCCUCCACCUCAGUUGGAAGGAUUCGAUUCGUCGGAUCGUUCGUUCGCGAAGAGAUACGGUUCUGGCGGCGCAUUCGGUCGGUCAUAUCAGUCGGCGCCGUCCACCAACCCUCUUGUAACUGGCAGUAUGCCUCAGGGCUCGACAUUCUCCUCCCAUUUCCGUCAGAACAGCCAAGAUCAACGACCACCAUCAUCAGGCAGAAAUGCGACAGGCCAAGAAGACCGUGACUUGGCCGCUGCCGUUGAGCUUCUCAGCUGCAGCUUCAACAGUAACAGCGGGCGCACGGUAACGCUACCCGCUGACGCCCCUCCUGUGCCUCCGCUACCGGCACAGUAUCUCGACCAAGCCGCCUCGUUCUCUAGCGCUGGCUUCAGCGGAGGAUUCAGUGGAGGAUUCAGCGGAGGGUUCAGCACUGGUUUCCUCAACAGCUUCCCUAGCAGACAGCCAGAGAGUUUCACGCGAGGCGAGGUUCGACACGCCGAUACCAAGAUGGAUGACAAUGAUAGCGUUAUGGAUGACGACGACUUUGACCGUCGAUCUCGAUCUCGGAGCGACGAGGAUGACGAUGGUGUCUUCGGACGCAUGGAAGAAUAG